AUGCAGAUUCUCCCAUUCGUCCAGGUCAAGGAUCUGCCCCCUUCGGCUUCCUUCUAUUCCGCUGUCACGCAACCGCUUGGGCUGUGCUACAUAUCGGCCGACUCGUCGUCCAUCGUAUUCGGCGACACUUCUGCCAGCCCCCCCAAACCGGUAUUCGAGGUGAGAAGCACCGGUGCCGAGGCAGGGUCUGACUUGCGACCGGCGCGUUUGGUUCUCUCGGCCGCGUCGCCCUCAAUCGUCACCGCUUUUCAGCAAGCCGCUGUGCGAGCAAACCCCGACCUGCUGAUCGGCGGUCAAGGCGACCCCGGUUUUCUCCGCCCCCACGGCGAUCCAUCCUCCCACAGUAGCAGCGAGAGCCGCGGGAAAAUAACAGACCUUGAGGGUAAUAUCAUGGAAGUCGCCUACGUCGUCCCGCGCAACUACCCUCCCAACUACGGCGGUUCGACAGUACGCAAGACGCAGUCCACAACCAAGGAAGUGAGCCACAUCCUCGACUGGAAUCUAGACGUGGCUACCUCGGUCGUCUCACGGUCUGCCGCCGGCUCGGUUGCCCCAUCUCGUGCCCCACCUCGCGCGGUUGCUACUCGUCGCCCCGACGAAGAACCACCCUACGUACUACGCCGAAGCGUCACGACAUCGACGCUCGAGACCUCCCCGAGCCACACAGCCGCCAACGUUUUCAGCACCGGCGCGGUCAUCGGGUCAGUUCUCGGAGCUGUCGCUGCAGGUGCUGCGGUCGGAGGUGCAAUCACCUACGCCAUAAUGAGGGGCGACCGCGAGCGCGCUCCCCGGCAGGAGUACGAUGUGCCGCCCACCUUCCAGAGGCGGUCGACGUUUCCAGACCCGUACCCGGACCAGCGCCCUCGCUACGUCGAGGUCGAGAGGACGGUAGAGAAGAUUCACUACCCGGAAAAGUACCCGCCCUCGUCGCGGAAGUAUCCUCCACCGACCUACGUGGCUCGCUACUCGCAGGCCGGCUCGCAGGUCGGCGGCGCCAGGAGCAGGACAAUGGAUGAUUACGAUAACCGGGCCAGCCGGCACUCGAGCCACCACACCAGCGGCACCCGCACCCGCCGCAGCAGCGAAGCCGGCUCGACACGGCGGCCGCUCAUGAUCACCGAGGCGGAGCACAGGAGCAGUGCCGGCUCCUCCAAGCACAGCGCCUCGCCGCGGCUGCUCAUGGACGUCGAGCAUCGCAGCGCUGCGGGGUCAAAGCACUCGGCCGCUGCCUCCAAAACUGUGUAUCCCGUGGACGACUCCCGCAGCCGUGUCACGGCGCGAUACAUACCGGCGGCAGCAGUUCCCCUCAACGAGUUUCGCAGUCACGCGGGCUCGAGGCACGUGGCGCACCGCCUGCCCGAAGUCGAGACGUACGUGUCAGCUCGCAGCCAGAGGUCGGCCAGCACGGUCAGGCCCGCGCCACGGCUGGUGGCGGCCGAGUCGAUGCCGGUGCGGUCCAAGGCCGGCACCCGCUACUCGUCCGCCACCGUGAAGCCUGCGGGCCCCAGCCGGGCUGCGAGUUAUGCGUCGGCGCGGCAUGUGCCCCUGCCGCCCAGCAAGGCGGACUGGGCCGACGACGACGACGAUGAUUUGGUGAGCCUGGCGCCGAGCGAUAGCAUCAGCUGCGUGGGGAGUAAGCAUAGUCGGCGUUCGCGUCAUUGA